AUGGAGGAGUUGCUCGGUGCGCUCUCUUCUGAGAUGCUGGAGGAACUCACUACCGCCUCUGGUGGUGGUGGUGCUAACAGCGGUGGCGGUGGCGGUGGCGGUGGCGGUAGCGGCGGGGGAGCACCCUUCUCCGCCACGACUAUUUUUGAUGACCUCGAGGAGCGAUUGAAGCUCGUAAANAGUUGCUCGGUGCGCUCUCUUCUGAGAUGCUGGAGGAACUCACUACCGCCUCUGGUGGUGGUGGUGCUAACAGCGGUGGCGGUGGCGGUAGCGGCGGGGGAGCACCCUUCUCCGCCACGACUAUUUUUGAUGACCUCGAGGAGCGAUUGA